AUGCGCAGAGUAAAACUUUCCCAAAUUCGUUUGUCUCUCUCUGUUCAUUCAUUCUUUUUUCCUCCAAUAACGAAGAUAUCUCUCUCUAACUUCCUUCCUCCCUCCCUCCCUCCCCCUCUCUCUCUCUCUCUCUCUAUGUCUGUUUGUCUGUCUUUCUGUCUCUCCCCCACCUCUCUAUCUCUCUCUCUUUCCAUGUGUCUGGAGGCUCAAAUAUCUAUCUAUCUAUCUAUCUAUCUAUCUAUCUAUCUAUCUAUCUAUCUAUCUGUUAAUAAUUCUCUUUCUAUCGCUCUCUCUCUAUCUAUCAAUAUCAGUCUGUUCAUAUCUAUCAAUCUAUCUAGCUACCUAUUCAUGUAUCUAUCUUUAGUUAUUCAUAUCUAUCUAUCUAUCUAUCUAUCUAUCUAUCUUUGUUCAUUCUAUCUAUCUAUCUAUCUAUUCAUAACUCUCUUUCUUCUUCCUCCCCCCCUCUCUCUAUCAAUAUUAGUUUGUUCAUAUCUAUAUAUCUAUCAAUUUACCUAUCUAUAUUUGCUUAUUCAUAUCUAUCUAACUCCGUCUCUCUACCUAUCUCUCUCUAUAUACAUAUAUCUAUCUAUAUCCGUCUGUUCAUAUCUAUCUUUAGCUAUUCACAUAUAUUUUUAUCUAUCUUUGGUUAUUCAUAUCUAUCUAUCUAUCUAUCUGCUGAUAUCUUUCUAUCUAUCUACUUAUCUUGAGAAAGUGGUGUACAGAUAUAUGGAAAACUGGGUCAGUGACCUGAUUGGCUCACUAGGAGCGAUGAACUCGGAAUCUUUAGUUCAUCACUCUUGGAGACGGCAUUCUGGUAUAAAAUCUGUGAUUUCGAUUGCCCCACUGAUGUAG